UAUUACAACCUUAGGGCUGCGAUUACACAGAACCCUAACCCUGAAAUCUCAAAACACAUAGAGCGGCCUGAGCUCUCCUUGAUCUCAAUUGUUAAUAUCUCCUUUUUGAUUAAACAACCACAACUCAAAAAGUGCAAGCCGGCAAUCCAUUUUACCCCUUUUGGAGGUACAACGGUCAGAAGCUCCUCUUCAAUAUGCCCUAGUUGCAAAAUUUGUUAAGGGGAGGCCCAAGAUGGAUGCAAUAAGAAAUCAUGUUAUUUCGAAGUGGAACCUUGUGCAUCCAUCAGUUGUGGGAUUGAUUGAUUAUCGUCAUGUGCUCAUCAAGCUUCAGUCGGCGGAAGAUCUGGCCAGAGAAUAGACCCGAGACUCGUGUCAUGGAGGGUGCCCUUUUUAGACUCUUCAAAUGGACUUGGGAUUUGUCCCCCAAGACGGAAUCCACAAUUGCUCCAAUUUGGUUAAGAUUCCCACCGCUUCCGUUAAAUUUUUGUGUAAAAUAAUACCUAAAAGCUCUUGUUCGACCACUUGGGAAAUCUGUUGAAGCCCCUGUCAUAAAGGUAAAUGAUGGGGAUAACCCUCCAAAUUCAUAGGCUAAUGUGGACUCUAAUAAGCCAACCGAAACCUCCCUAUACUCCUAAAACCGAUCAUGCGGACCACAAGGACAAUAACCCGAGCAUUGUUGGUGAGGCUUUGCCUAUGGAGGAGAUACAUAUUUUUAAUUCUUCUUCUAUGCUAGCUAACGAUCUAAAUUUAAAUUCUAGUACAGCUAUUCCAGAAGAUGAAUCGCAGCUGUUAAGAAUCCAUCUAUCUGAUUCAGAAAUUGUGGCACUCUCAGCUAAGAAGAAGACAGAUCUGUGGCAAGGAGAUUCAGUGGUGAGCUUGCCGGUGACUUCUAGGUCUAGGAGCAGCACGGUGGGUGGAGCUACGGGAUGGAUGAGAGGUUGCUGGUGAAUAGUGUGGUGGUUGCUAGCCAGCUCGCUGGUCAGUGAGUUAGUUGCCAGACAUGCCUCCGUUCAUCGAAUCCGGCCAUGCCAUCGUCUAAGAAGCUCCUCCCCGGCGACAGACAACGCCAGCAAGCUAUGGAAGUUGCUUUCUCUAAUUGAGAUGAAUGGAAGGCUCCCCAACUGACUGCUUUUUUUUUUAUUAAUGUAAAAGUUGAUCGAGGGGAAGGAGAUUGCAAAUGUACGAAUCAAGAAAAAUGAGAUUGUAAAAGUUAAUCGAGGGAAAUGAAUAAUUGAAAUUGAAAAAUGACUUUGUGAGA